AUGCCUUUCCCCCUCUCUUAUCCCGGCCUUCAAUGUAUUCUGGAACAUCUGGAGGCAGUUAAACGAGCACAUAUCAUCGGCCGUGCACCAAGUCUUCAAAAAAUAGAUAAACUGAUUCCCCUUCGUUUGGGAAACCUUACUAUGGACAGUGAUUGGUUUAACAAUAAGCUGACUAUCAACAAAUUAUCAAUCAAAUGCAAAAAAGAUGAAUUAAAAUUCGAAAGGAAUGGGAAAAAAUUCAGCCGUCAGAUAUCAGUGAGCCUCGAAGUAAAAAUGAAGAAAUUGAUUAACUAUUAUAUCUCUGGAAGAUCAAAAAUCCUUGUGGACAAGUUCCAACUUUCCUCCAAGUUCCAUGUUCACAGUUUGCUUCCAGAUUUAUUGCCUGCGAACCUGAAGUUUAGACUGAACUUUUUGGAUGCAGUCUCCCAUGAAGACUUUCAAGCUGCAAUUUCUUUCAUAGACACUUGUAGUUUUCCUCUGAAAACUGUGGUCACUAUCCCUCAGCUCUCAACUUUUGAUAACCAAGUUGUUAAGUUAGCGGAAACCCUUAAACUGAAUCUCGGUCAUUACCCAAGAGUCACUGUUGAAGACCUUAAGAAACUUAACAACAAGACUGUGGUAUUUGAACACUUUAGCUUCUCCAGAGUUGAUAUAAUUCCAUUGAUUAAAUAUCAUAUUGAAACCAAGAAAGAUAUUAGAACCACUUUUGUGAUUUCAACAGAUGACAAAGAUUUCAUCAAUGAGAUGUUAAGUGAGUUUGAACAAGCGUUUGGUGAAUUUCGAUGCGAUUUGGAUGGUGUUAAUGAGAGGUUCAUUCCCGAAUCCCCACAGUUCUCCAUCCCAAUCAACAACGAGUCUAGAAUCCAAGUGUAUGCAUUGGAAGUUCCAGAAGACCGUUGUCGAUUGAAAAUUGUGAUCAGGCCAGUGUCUGAAGUCUUGGGAUCAUGA